AUGCCGGGACGUGUCGGAAUGAAGAACGCUCAACUUCAUUUUGUACUUCACUUACUCGAUAGUCUGACUUCAAUCAAACUGUACAAGGGGCAAACGGUGGCAUUAGCAGCGUCAGUCAUCAGCAGAAUGAAUCAUUACUUGAAGAGUGCGCCAGUGGCUCGUGUCAAAGAGUCUGAGCUCAAAGGUCCUCGUGGCAGACUCGCCCCUCUACCCUACCGCCCCCUCCCUCCCUCCUCCGCUCAGAACCCACCCCCGCGCAUGCCCGCAAGGAAGGGCUGA